GUUUAUGCCAUUUUCUCCAUUUUCUAACCUACCGCCUCUCAGCUAAUCUUCCCGAUCCUUCCAUAGUCUUCCUUAUCUCUGCUCAAACCCACCGCCUCUCAAGUAACCUUCCCGAUCCUUCUUAUCUCCGCUCCAAAUUGUUCACUCCUCUUUCUUCAUCGUCUCCCCGGUUCUCCAUUGUUACUAUUUCGCGUUUGCUUCUUCCAGAAAAGCACCACCGCCCCCCUCCGCCUCAACUGUGAUGGAAGAAAGGGGCUGCUCCGGUACCAUAGGGUUAUGCCUUUUUGUUCCCAAUCCUUCCGCUCACUUUAUCUUCCUCAGCACGCCUUUUUGUUCCCGAUCCUUCCGCUCACUUUAUCUUCCUCAGCACAAACCUCCGACACCCGAACGAAAUAGAAGAAGUAUUUGGUAAAGGGUGGCUUCGAUUUGUAACCGGUCGGUAGUAAGAGGGAUGAUUGGCUGUCGUGUUGGGGUAAACGAAGAGGCACCGUAGCAACGGCGGGCGCCGGUGGAGGGGGUCUGCCAUUGGUCUCCAGUUAGGUGUCGCGAGCAGCAGCAGUAAAGAAGAAGGGGGUGUUCGGUGGGUUUGCUUCGACAGUGGUUGAACGGUACGUCAACGGGGUUCUACAUCCAACUGAAGAGAUGUUGUCUCCGGUCUUCAAUCUGUAGGGAAAAAAUAGGAAUAUGUUCGACACAACCACGACAAGUUGUCUCAGAACCGGAUUUUUUUCCCAAGGUUAUAAUCCGGCCAGGAUUGGAAUGUACAACUGAGAGGGAAUGGUUCAACAAGUUUGUAUUCGUUGCUUUAAUCUGUUGAUUUUGAGGUAUGGGAUCUCAUUUGAAAGAGCUUACAAUUAUGUAUCUGGAUUACACACAUGUCGUCCUCAUAGAGCAGCAAUUGCAUGGUCAACAUGGGAUUUGAUAGCUAUGGUGGAAAAUUCGAAACAUGAGGGGCCCGCUACCCAUGCUGUCACAUUUGUGUGGAAUGCACAUGAGGGAGAGAAUGUGGAAUUAAUUGGAGAUUUCACCAGGAAUUGGAAAGAACCGGUUAAAGCAAUUCAUAAAGGUGGGCCACGAUAUGAAGCAGAAGUUCGACUUGCACAACGGAAGUAUUAUUAUACGUUUAUAGUGAAUGGAGAUUGGAGGCAGUCACCAACUUCACCUACAGAAAGUGAUGAUAGGGGGAAUGUUAAUAACAUACUUGAGGUUGGUGACGUGGCAAGUGUGACGCCUUCUAUUCAACAUCCAAAGAAGGAUGUGAAUAUUGUGAAAGUGAUUGACAGGCCAUUGACAAAAAAUGAGCAGUUUAUGUUAGCAAAAGCGGCUCGAUGUGUUGAAUUCUCUGUGUGUCCUAUAACGCUGACUCUCAAAUAG